AUGAGCAAAGCUAGGAAGUUUCUCUUUAGGAAGAAACUAGUGAGUGAUAAAGCAACAAUUGAGAGGUACAAGAAGGCAUGCGCAGAGUCUACAAAUACCGGAUCUGUUUCCGAAGCUAGUACUCAGUACUACCAACAAGAAGCUGCGAAACUGUGUGCUGAGAUAGGGAAUUUGCAGAACUCAAGUAGGCAUAUGAUGGGCGAGUCAUUGAGUUUUAUGAAUAUGAAGGACCUGAAGAACCUGGAGAGUAAACUAGAGAAGGGAAUCAGCAGAAACAGAUCCAACAAGGCCGGCAUCAAUUUGUCUUUAUCAACUGAAUGCAUGUAUGUAACAUGUUAG